AUGAAUGUGUACCGCAAGAAAACCACAAAGAAACAUGACAUUUUUUUUAGAAUAUUGCGUUAUAAAAUACCUACUUACCAUUUUCUCCAGGCGGCGAGGGAGCGCCGGCCCUUCCUGCGCCGCACCAGGCCCUCAGUCGAAACAACAACAGAAUCCUUGGACGUCGAAACAACAACAAACAAAUUCACAAGGCGCGGCAACAACAAAUUCAAGAACCGAAAAACGGAAAAAGAUGCGAGUGAAAAAGACAGGCCAUCGUUGGAGAAACCGACGCGAAAUGAGAAACCACAACGCUCGUUCGUACGCCGCCGGCCUGGUGGGGCGACCUCCACCACCUCUGUAUCAACUACAUCGACCACGAUCGCGCCAUCAAGGAGACCUUUCCGCGUGGCCAGUCGCAGACGACCCUUCACUCCCUCUACCACCAGUACCACCACUACCACCACACAAGCAACCACCCAGGUCCUAGAGAGCGAGGAAUCGUUGCAGGAGAUUGAUACAGACGCGUACGAAGAGCCGUCCCAAGCUCCGGGCGGGUCCGGGAACGCGAGCGUGCAGUACCGGCGGCCGCUGCAGCUGCCGCGCGAGGACCAGCGGCCGGCCGCCAGCUCGGACGACGCGCGCGAGCGACACAGCAAGAAGUACAGCGCCAGCUUCCGCAACCAGAUCAGUGACGUCACCGAGGGGACGCUCGCUGAUGAUUACAACUCUGAAACGGCUGUAGCUCUAGCAGCGCACCAGCUCCUCGCGGCGCCUGUGCCGAUAGUGCCAGAGUACGACGAGCCCAAAACGACGCGAAGGCCAAAAACCACACAGACCAUCGUCGACUACAAAUACACCAGCCCCUAUUACACUGAAGAAUACAAAACUCAGGAUUUCACCGAGGAAUACUUCAGAACCGCCCAAACUCCGACGCGGCAAGGCCUCGUCGAAACCUCGACUCCCUACUACCAAUCUGACGUUACGUCCACUUACUUCACAGAUAGCACAAGAGUCCCAUCUACAGAAUCUAGCACUAGAUCACGGACCACGUACACAGCCACAGCAGACUUCACCGACACCGGAAUAUACACUAGCACUCCCGAAGCAUUCAAUACAAGAACCACAUAUGCUAACGCACCAGAAACCUUCACCAGAUCUAGAACAUAUGCCACCCCACCUAGACCCUCAGGUGUUUCCAUCACCGUAGGCUCCGAGGGUUCAGGGGAAUCUACAGCCAAAUUCACUUACGAUACAUUCCCGUCCACAACCUUCAGUGAUUUCGAAACUAGGGUAUCUAGACCCAGACUAUCCACCACAAUUAAUCCAACAGUUAGUGAUUUAAACGUACCAACAGCUAGAUUCACUACGAGUGGAGCUUCGAGCUAUCCUUCUACUGUCCCUAACAAAUUCCCUCGACCGGCUGGCUUCUCCCCCAAUUUAGUGAGCCUGGGCUUUGAAUCCGAAGGUCAGUCCACGUUGAGGCUGGAGUCGAAUCCAGGACCGUCUACGGCGAGGUACUUUGGGUCCAGUGACAAAGUUCCAGUGGAAGUUUCUACUGAUAACGGUCCAAGUCAGGAACCUUCGUACUUUACGCGGGAAUACCUUCUGGAGUCUCCCGUCACUAAAGCUUACGAUGAUGAAUACCAGUACUUGUCUCCCAUAACAACACCACGCACAACCACCAGAAAACCUCCAAGAAGGAAAACAGUCUACAGAAGAAUCUCCACAACACCUCGUCCCACCUCAGCCUUAGUUCCUGAAACGAUAAAGCCUCGCCAAACGACUAGAAAACCUUUCGAGAAAAUACCAGUUACUGAAAAAGAUACGAAACAAACAGUGAAAAAUGUAAAAGAGAGUUCGAAUGGAAUUAAGCCGCUUUCUGAAUACGACUAUUAUGACGAUAGUCAAGAGAAAAUGGGAGUCAAAUAUGAGAAGGAGAACAAGGUCUUUAUAGACAGCAAAGGCAACAUUGAAUGUCUGGACAUCGGCAACUUCGCUCACCCGACGUCUUGCAAGAAGUUCAUAUCGUGCGCGCGGAUCCGCGGCGGCUCAGUGCUCGGCUGGGAGUACAUCUGUCCCAAAGGUCUCUCCUUCGAUCCCGUGGGAGGCAUUUGCAAUUGGUCUGCUGGAUUGGGUUGUCAAGAAAAAGAUAUAUAAAAAAAUUAUUUUUCUUUUAUUUGAAAUGACAGUUUUUUUAUGGAUUGACAUUGACAAGUUCGUUGUGUUAUUAUGUUGACAGAGGGCGCUGUAAUAAAAUGUUGCCCUGUGAAAUUAUAUUGUUGCAAUUUCUACUUAAAUUGUUUGUAAUAUAAAUCUAGUGUUUUAUCUUUGUGAUAUUCCGGACUGAUAUUAUCCGUCCUUUUUGAUUAUACUAAAAACAAAAUACGUUAAGUUUGUUAGAAAAGCAACAAAUUUCUUUUAUAAUGUAAAUUUUUAAGAUUCUCUGAUUUUUAACUAAGUCAAAAGAUAUAUCCACUAUAUCUAUUUCUAAGACUAGAAACUUAAUACUCAUUAUUAUUUUUUAAUCUAAAACAAAAGGUUUCCUAUUUUACUUUUGCAAUCUACUUUUAUUCACUGCCAUUUUUUCUCUUUUAUUUUUUAUAUUAUUUUUUUACAUCAAAAUGGAAUAAUGUAUCUAUUCUAAAAUCUAAAUCAAAGAAAUACUGAAAAGUAUUUCACAAUGUGCC